AUGGAGAGCUACGAGGACUUCUUUUUACGGAGCCUUACCAAAUUGCGGUCUGAGAGGCAGGGGAAGACCUCUCUUUCCUCAUUUGACCGGUGGUUACCCCCUUCUGUCAUUUGCUUUCGUGGGAGAGCAGUUCUGUCACCACUGCUAAGUGAGAAACAGCGCAGAGAGAUGUUAGAAUAUAGGGAGAAGGCUGUUCAGCGAGAGACAGAGAGGCAGGCCCUACAUAAGAGAAACUUACUGUCUGAGGUCCAGAACAUUCUGGACAAUGUUCAGGUACAAAAAAUACAUGAAGUUCCAGUAGAUUCCCGAGUACCAUCUGCAGGCCGGUGUCCAAAGCCGCAUGUGAAUGGUGUUAUGGCAGUGUCUGACACCUCCAGCACGCCCAGUGGACAUGGGGGAGAUACAGUGAGAAGCCCACGGCCAGUCACUCCACAGCAGGAGCCUCCAAUGGUCCUGAAUGGGACAGAGGGAGAAAGUGGAGAGGGAGAAGAUGGGAAUGUAUCUUGUGUCAGUCUGCAGAGCCUUCUGAGGAGGUCACGAGAGUACAUUGAGAAAGAACAGGGUCGUCGUGGAUCAAGGGUCAACAGUAGGACAGCAACUGCAAUGAUAACCAAUGACAGCUUGUCUGAUAAAGAGAAUGAAAACAGUAGCCCAGUAGGAGACUCUGACAUUGAUCUGUUGGGCCACAUUCAAAACCAGAAUGCCCUCAAACCAGGUCAUACGCAGAACCAAAGCCACAGGAAACCCCAGCCUGGUAGUCAUCCAAACAGCUGCUAUGAUUCGCUCCUUGGCUGCCUGCCUCAGAGUCUGAUUGGAUCCCACAUGUCUGAACCCGGUCUGAGUCCCCGCCCACAUCGCAGCAGACCUCGGCCUGUUUCCACGGGCAACAUACUCAUCUCAUUUCCCAUCAGCUCCGGAGAGCCCAACACUGGAGCACCAGGGAGAUCGCAGGUGAACGCACAGAACACUUUUUCCCCAAAAAUGGAGAGAAGGGCACUAGAAUCUCCUGGGAACAAUUUGGCACCCUCUACAAGUAGUAAUAAUCGACGAGCAAGCCACUGUGGAUCCAGUCCAGUCAGUGAUGUGGAUGGCCAGAUUGGCGUCUCUGGAUUGGGUCCGAUUGGACAUGAAAUGGCCACCCCGAAUGGAUUCCGAAGACGAUGCCACACCUUGGACAGUCAUCUGUGCCCCCCUCACCAGAACCUGCCCAUAGACAGGAGCCAGGAGAGAGUGCCACGCUUCAUGGCAGGGGUAUACACCCAGCGUGCACCCUGCCGACGGUCUCCCUCCAAGACCAUCAGCGGACCCUACAGCCCAGAGAGCCCUGUGCCUGCCCUGCCACGACCCAGUCUGACCCCUGACCCCUCACUGGACACAGAGGCUCUCAGUAUCCGCGCCACACCAACAGAGGAAAAAAGGGCAGAUGAGGUUCAGCGUCGUAUGCAGGCUUUGGAGGAGAUGCAGAGGCGUUUAGAAGAGGAACAUGCGCUUCAGAUGUCUUUACUCAUGGCUGAACAGGAGAGAGAGCAGCAGCGCCUCUGUCAGGAGUUGGAGGAGCGAGACAGGCGGCAGCGUGAGCAGGGUGUUAGGUGUGUGGGUGGAGAGGUUGGAGGUGAAUGGAAGGCCGUGUGUGAGCGUUACCCCACCCUCAAUCCCUCUUGCCCACCAAGCCCAGCUGAGCGAUCACCAGGCCACAGUACUCCCAGCAUUGGCUUCCCGUCUCCUGUCAGUCCAGUCUUAGGGUCUCCCUCUGUCCAGCCAUAUGUGUGGGGGUCCAGCUGGGGGCCUGGUAAGACCAGAGGCAGACUUAGCCAGGUUUUAACUCUGGAGCAGCAGAGGGCGCUGUGUCGUAUAGGUGCCAUUGUGCGUGGUUUCCUCACUCGCAGACUGCUGAAGACUGAAAAAGUCAAACACCUUCGACAGACUGUUCAGGACACACAGGAAUUCAUUCGCUCGUUCCAAAAUGAAGCCCCUCAGAAACGUUGCUCAGUCUCUCCUCAGGAUCUGUCACUGCAGGAGAGAGUCAGAGCUCAGCUUCGUGCAGCUCUGUUUGAUGUUCAUGAUAUCUUCUUUGAAAUGCCCUUGGUGGAGCAGUUGGCUCUUCUACAGCAGGACAGAGAGUUACGCACAGAGAGGAAGCUCAGAGAGAUGGAAAAAGCCAGGAGCCCCAAGGAUAAAGUGACCCUGUCAGCUGCAACCCAAAAAUCACUGGACAGGAAAAAGCAAAGAGUCAGUCAGUCUCCAGGACAAACUAGGAGAGUGCAACAAAAACCCAAGAGUCCUCCCACAAACAGGAUUCUCCAGCCAAGCCAAGGUCAGAAUGCUCCUGUCCCAGGACAUCUCCUUCGCCAAGGGAGUUUGUAUAGGAAAACUCCAGAGGAGCGAGUGAAGCGCUCAGACAGCCUGAAGAAGCAGCAUUCCCUGGGUUAG